AGAAAGAGUUUGACCAAAGCAGGAUUAUCAUUUCCCAUCAUUUCACAAGCUCCAAUAUGAGCAUUCAACCCAAAAGUGCCUCUUUUCCGGUCUAGAUGAUUCCCUUCUCUAACUUGCACAUAUUGCAAACCAGAAUUCAGAAUCCUGAACCCAGAAUCCAUUAGCCAGUACAUAAGCCAACCAAAAUCUCGAGUCUAAGCAUAGAAAUGGGCAAACUUGAUUUACUUCUCUUGUUUCUCUUUCUUUUUGCUAUUAUCUCCCCUGCCCAUGGAGCAGCUAUCACUUCUCGUCCUCUUUCCCAAAAUAAUUUGUCAUCCCAAUGUCCCAUGGACCUUAAUUAUGUCUUGAGAAUCCCAUGGAACAAAUCUUCUUGCCAAAAUUACCAGCCAUCCAAAAAUAACACUGCCAAUCUCCAAAAUGACAUGACCAAUAAGGAUCCAUGUUGCACCAACCUUCUUCACCUCUUUGGGGUAGGCCUUGCUCAGCAUCUCAAUGAAACCUCUCUCUUUCAGCUUCCCAGCUUAAACACCUCUGUUUCUUGUCUUCAAGAUUAUCAAACAAAGCUCAGCUCUCUUUCUUUUCCUGAUGAUAUUGUGUCUCGCUGUUUUGAUCCUAUGGAGUUUGUCUUAACUCCUAAUUUAUGUGCCCAUGUGCAGACUGCUCGGGAUUGGGUUGCUAAAUUGGGUAAUUCAACUGUGCUUGACUCGGAUUGCAGGCCUGAUCUUGUUGAUCUUACAUCUUGCAGUGCAUGUGUGGCAGCUGGGUUUAAAGUCCAAUCUGACUUGAUAUUAAUUGAUGGUAAUAAAUCUCAUGCUACAGAUUGUUUUUACUUUACAGUUCUUUAUGCUGCUGGUAUUGUCAAUGAGUUUGGUCCCGAAAGUGAUGGUGCUGUGACAUGUAUAUUUGGGUUGGACUUGGUAUCUAAUACGGAUUCAUCUAAUAAAGGUCACUCUGCUCUUGUUUUUGGCUUGACUGGUGCUGGUGUUGCUAUUUUGGUCAUGUCCAGUUUGUUAGGAUUAUAUUUUUGGUAUGAUGAGAAACGGAGGAAGAAAAAUAAUUCUAGUUUUCCCUCUGAUUUGGAGGAACAAGGGUCUAGGCCAAGACUGAGGCCUAAUACUGGAUCAACUUGGUUCAAGAUUCAUGAUCUUGAGAAAGCAACAGAAAACUUUUCACAGAAGAAUUUUAUUGGUAGAGGAGGGUUUGGUUUGGUUUACAAGGGAAUUUUGUCUGAUGGGACAACGGUAGCUGUUAAGAGGAUUAUAGAAUCUGAUAUUCAAGGUAAUGCAGAAUUUUGCAAUGAAGUUGAGAUUAUUAGUAAUUUGAGGCACCGGAAUUUGGUGUCUCUUAGAGGAUGUUGUGUAGUUGAAGACGAAAAUUAUACUGAGCAAGGGUGUCAAAGGUAUCUUGUUUAUGAUUACAUGCCCAACGGGAAUCUUGAUGAUCAUCUGUUUCCAGCAUUUGAUGAUCAAACGGGGAAGAAACUCUUGACGUGGCCUCAAAGGAAGAGCAUAAUUUUGGAUGUGGCAAAGGGAUUAGCUUAUUUGCACUAUGGAGUGAAGCCUGCAAUAUAUCAUAGAGAUAUCAAGGCAACAAAUAUAUUGUUAGAUGCUGAUAUGAGAGCAAGAGUGGCUGAUUUUGGGUUGGCAAAGCAGAGUAGGGAAGGUCAGUCUCAUCUCACCACAAGAGUGGCCGGAACUCAUGGAUACUUGGCUCCUGAAUACGCUCUUUAUGGGCAACUGACUGAGAAAAGUGAUGUUUAUAGCUUUGGGAUUGUUGUUUUGGAGAUAAUGUGUGGGAGAAAAGCUCUUGAUUUGUCUUCAUCAGGGUCGCCACGAGCUUUUUUGAUCACUGAUUGGGUUUGGUCAUUGAUGAAAGCUGGAAAAGUAGAAGAUGCCUUGGAUGUUUCUUUGCUGAGAGAUGGGGAGUUUUCAAAUUCGAAUCCAAGGGCCAUAAUGGAGAGGUUUGUGCUUGUUGGGAUUUUGUGUGCCCAUGUGAUGGUGGCCUUAAGGCCUACUAUAUCGGACGCUCUGAAAAUGUUGGAAGGAGACAUUGAAGUUCCGCCUGUUCCUGAUCGGCCGAUGCCUCUUAGCCAUCCUUCAUCUUUUGGUGAUGGCUUCACCAUCUCCCCAGCACUGAGUUUUCCACAAUUGAAUAGUGGAGACAUGCUCAGUUAGCAUGUGAUUCAUGUCCAAGGACCUCAAGUUAAGGGCGCUAGUGUCUGAGCCUGCUAAUUUCUGACAGUAUGUAUCAUAAACAUGGAUGCUUUAUGUUCUGAUACAUCAAAAAUGGCUUAUGUGACUUAUUAGUGUAAUUGAAGCUUUGAAUUUUUACUACCAAUCCAGGGAUGCAUUGAGUAAAGUUUGAACAUCGAGAAAAUAGAUGCAAAAGGACAAUUGGGAAUCAACAACUGCCUUGUAAUUGAAGAUUUUUUUUUUUCUUUUUGAAUUUUUAUCUUUGCUUAGGAUGUUGUUACCCAAAAAUAGGACCAUGUAUAGAAUCUCUCUGUAGAAAGAAAAUUCAUAGGAAAUCACUAUGUAAUUUUCAAUAUUUCAUAUACUCUUUAUGCAUUAAAAUGUAAAAAUUUUCCCUGUUUUUCUCUU